AUGGCUGUGCCCACAUACAGUCCCUACUUCCUGAAGCCAGAAGCCAGCUGGCAGCUUUCUCACUCUCAUGUUUUGUCCACAGACGAGUUCCUGGUGAUUGGCCCCACAGACUCCAUUGUGGCAGUGCUGGGCAGGGACACCAUGCUGCCCUGCUCCCUGAUCCCAGGCAUAAGUGCAGAGAACAUGGAGCUGCGCUGGUUCCGUUCCAAGUACUCAGAAGCCGUGUUCAUCUAUCAGAACCAGCGGGAGCGGAAGGAGAGACAGAUGCCACAGUACGCAGGGAGGACCUCCCUGGUGAAGGACUUCCUCACCCAGGGGGAGGCUGCUGUGCGCAUUGACAAGGUCCGGAUUUCUGACAAUGGGCAGUACACCUGCUUCUUCAGAAAGGGACGCUUCUAUGAAAAGGCUACUUUGGAGGUGAAGGUGGCAGGUGUGGGCUCUGCCCCUGAAAUGCGCAUCGAAGGACAGGAGGAAGACGGGGUCCGCGUGGCCUGUACGGCCUCCGGGUGGUUUCCGAAGCCCCAGGUUCAGUGGAGGGACCUUAGUGGAGAGAAGUUCCUGGCUUUCUCUGAGGCUCAUGCCCAAGACUCUGAUGGGUUGUACCACGUGGAGGCCUCGCUGGUGGUGAGAGACAGCUCUGCUGGGAACGUGACCUGCUCCAUCCUCAACCCCAUCCUGGGCCAAGAGAAGGUGAAGGCUAUUUUCAUCCCAGAGCCCUUCUUCCCCCAGGCCUCUCCCUGGAAGCCGGCUUUUGCCGUAAGCCUGAUCAUCCUGUGUCUCCUCAUCCUUGGGGCUGGCUAUUUUCUCAAGAAAGAACAUUCAGCAAAGGUGCAGGCGCGGCAGGAACACGAAACUCUUCAGCAGGCUCACGAGGAGGACAGGCAGAAAAUGGCAGAGGCACUGAAGGCCAGAGGCAAGGCAGGGGAGGGGCGAGGCUGGGUGAGGGCAGAGCUGGUGCUGAGAGGCAAAGCUGACAGCAGGAGCAGAGCCCUUGGCUGCAGCCUCCAGGAAGACCCAGGGCCCCUGCCCAGAGCAGGAGGCUCAGGAGAUUCAGAGAGGGCAGUUUGGCUGUGGAGGCUUGGAUGGGUCUGGAGGGAGAACUUCCUCCACCAUAUGGAGAGGGUCUUUUUGUGGGUUUUCCAGGCACACCAUCUUUUCCUUUUCUUAGGGAUGGGAGUUCAUGCUUAUUUUUUUCUUUCUUUCAGAUCAACUCCAGGCAGAGCUGGGUAAGUUCUUCUCUCCUUGCUGAACUAUCUGUGUGCCAUUUGGGAGACAUUAUUGCUCUUAGCUCACCUCAUUUCCUGUGUGUUGCCUUUCAGACUGGAGGAAGGUUGUUUACCAGGCUGGUGAGUAACUCUCUAGAUGUUCCUGGGUCUCCCGUCCCACCUGUGCCAGGUGUCCCAUCUCCCCAUGUCUCUCUGGCAUAGACAUGAGGACCUCAUUCCAUGGGGGCAGAAGUUGAAGGUGGUGGGGGAGGAAUC